CUUAAGAUCACCAACUUAAAUUUAAGAACUUCCAUUUUUUUUCUUCAAAGCCUCCUCCAGGGAGUUCAGCCUUUAUCUCCUUUCCAGUAAGAUAAAUGAUUUGGUUGCACCAGGGGAAAGGGUGUUUGCGGCGAGGGUAAUAAAAAAGCUGGUUAUUGAUGAUUUGUCUAUAGAUUCAUAAACAUAGCAUCAUCUCCAAGGAGCUGCUGUUGUUGAAAGUCAUCUUGUUGUGCGAUAUGAGUUGUGGCAGAGUGGUUGGGUUUACCUUAGUAUGUUCUAGUCCUGCACCUACUCUCAGCUUCACAGGUGUGAGGAGGGUAUGGGGUAAAAUGCACAAGCUUGGAGGUAGAGUUAGAGCCAGAGUUGUGGAUGACGCUUUACCCCAGCGCUACUACGAUGACGAGUGGCAGGCAAAGCAACGUAAAAAAACAAAGGAAUUACAGAGGAGGAGGAAACAAGAGGAAGCUGAGGAGGAGAAAAAAGUGGAAGAGAUGCGAGAAAUUGCUUCUCGUUUUAGUGGUUACCCAGAAAAAGAAAUCAGGAGGGCCAAACACCUGGUUUCAAAUUUCAUAAAGUCAGGUGAAGAUGUUGAAGAGAUGAUAGUGGAAGCUGCUGACAAUGGAGAACUAACAGAUUUAGUUUUGUUUGUCAUAUGGAAUCGACUAGAUCUUGCUCAUCGAGAUGAUGAGAGAUAUGUCAUUCAAGCCCUUGAUCUUUUAUACAGGAGAGUUGAGGCAGAAUUAUUGAAAAGGCGUUCUAGUCCAGCAAUGCAGUUACUGAAUGAGCUCUUGAAUUUGAAUGAUGGUUCUAAUGAAGAUGAAUGGUUACAAGAAUGUCGAAUAUGUAUGCUGAAUACUUUCCCUUCUGAAGAUCCUUUUACCAUAUUUGCACCUGCAGGAAUGGACAUCUCAAAGGAUCCUAUCGACUUAUUACCAGAGCAAGAUGACACACUUCUCCGUAUUGAUUUCAUUAGAGAAACUGACGAGUUACUUGAGGAGCAAAAAUUGCAAACAAAAAGUGAUGCAGUGAUGGGUUUGGAUCCUGAAUCAAUUGCGAUUAGUUUGAAACUGCAAGAGAAGGAAAGGACUUUGCAGCAAGUAAAAGCGUUAAGAGAUUUGGCAAUAUCUCUAAAAUGGUAAAACUCAGGAGUAGACAUGUAAAGUAGUAGUAGCAUCUUCAGGUGCAAGGAUUACAAUGAUAAGAAUAUUUUUUUUAACUAUUUGAAUGUAAUCAGUUGUACCUGAGAACAAACAGGAUAGUGGAAUCAACUAAAUGACUUGUUUUAAUUUCACUUGAACUGCUUCCUGUUCUUAAAUUCAGCAUGCUGCAUCAGUUGUGUUACUUUUA